AUGGCAUUAAAUCUUCUCACUAUUGUUGAAUUCGGUGCUCAAAAGCAACGACUGUCGCUCAAUCCAAAUAUUAAUUCCAAUCGAUCGAAAUAUAUUCUUCAACGACAAGAUCCUCAUCGACCUGAACUCUAUGUCAAUACUGAUGAAAAUACAUUCCUAAGCGAUAUGAAAUAUCAAGCAAUGAAUAAUAAUAAAAACUCAGUUGUACGACUACGUCUAGUUCCCUAUAAAACCAGCAAUGGAGUGGCUAAUAGAGGAAAAACUUGGUCGACAUCUUCGCAGUGUCAACAUGAUGAGAGCGACCGGGGAAGUACAACUUCAGCCACCACAAUUGAUAUUAAGAAACUGAUUAAAAAAUGUUUAUCAAAUCUGAAAGAAACUACUGAAAAUAUUCAAUUACUCGAUCGUUGUCUUCAUCCAGUAAGAUUUCCUCGAUUGAAUUUACUGUCUUAUUUGUGUUCUACGCAGGAAGAUUAUAUGGAUGAAGAUUGUCAAUCAACGACAAAAAGUCUUUCUGAUAUUCAACAACCAGUCGUUAACUUAGUCAACAAAAUCAAUAGUCAGAUUACACAAGCGUCAUCAAUGUUGUCAAAUGCUCGUCUUCCAUCGUCAAAUGUCAUCGAUGAACUUGUCCCAGCUCUCAAUCAGUUAAUCAAUAAUCAGACAGCGACAUCAUUGUCGAAUAACAAACCUACCGAAACAUCUACUAUAACUCCUUCAUCAGUUAUCAACAAGCAACUUCAACCCAGUUCGCCUCCCCCUAAUGUUCCGCUACGAGUUGCCACUAAGUCGUUCAGUAAUCGACUUGGUAUGCUGAGUACACCAAAUCACAUACAGACAUCAGCUGUUCAAGAAGUCAAAUCAACUCCUACGAUUCAAAAAUCGAAAUCACCUGUACUUUUUAAACCAUCACCAAACUCACUUCCAAACAAAAGUCCAGUAGAAUCAAAGGCAAACGAAAUUCCACCGAUAACAACAGCAAUACCAAAAUGCACCAUUGAAUUAAAACAAUACGAACCAGACACUACUGUCGAGGGUAUUGUCUCUGUUGCAUCGAAUGCUUCCUAUUUCUUUCUACAAGUUAUUGAUCAGAACAAAGAUGAAUUUGAUCGUCUUUCUAAAAGUUUACAUGAAUACUACUCGAAUCUUGAUAAAAAUGUCCAUUUUCAUCCAUCACCUGGCGAUUAUUGUGUAGCCAUGUACACAGAAGAUGCUCGAUGGUAUCGUGCACGUGUUAUACGUUAUCUUUCAGAUCAAACAUGCGAAGUUUUCUAUGUUGAUUAUGGCAAUAUGGAAGAAUUAUCGAUCGAAUUGGUUCACGAAAUUCUACCAGACUUUGCUCGCAUACCUGCUCGUGCUAUUGCGUGUACCAUUGCGGAAAUCCUACCGCCCACAGGUCAAGAAGGCUGGACGAAACGAGCCACAUUUGCAUUUGCUUCACGUUGUAGUAAUGAAUCUGUUCAAGCGACAGUAGUUGAAUCAAUCAAUAUUAAAUGGCCGAUGCACGUCGUUCAACUACGUGUAUCAAAAACGAAAGAAGAUAUUGGAGCAUCACUUGAAAGCUGUAAAGUGGCUCGUCGCGUUCCCAAUGCUGAAAUAUACGAAUUCUGGUCAAAUAAAAUUCAUUUGGAACAGUAUAUCUUGUACAAUUUGCAAGAACCUAUUCCAUCAAGAUUUCCAGCAUAUGAACAAGCGCCAGCAAAAAUUGAACAAAAUGAAGCCAAAGGCUCAACAAGAGAAAAAACAUCGAUAAUAGAAGAAAAGAGUGACUCAAUCAAAGCAAUUCUCAUUGAUGAUGGACAACAAGAUGCAACUGAAAUACCCGAUAAUAUGGAAGAAGAACUCAUGGAGUCGGAUAGUCCAAUCACACCAUCGUCUGUUUUGAAUCCUGACGCAACACCGUUUACUCCGGAAUUACCAGAGAAAAUCGAAAGAUUGGAAUCGGUGUCGACUGGAGAUGAAAGUGAUGAUGAAAAUGACUCCAAUGCAACACCGGUCACAUCUGAAUCUUCAUCGGAACGACCGCGAAUGCCAAUGAAGGAAGAAGUUAUUGUUGAUACUAAUCUAACGCCAUCGGCACCUUUAAUUAAAUCCUGGUUACCUGUUGAAAUUACACAUAUUGAAACGCCGACACGUUUCUACAUUCGUUAUGUCUAUGGUCCGAGCUGGAAUCUUGGGAACGGACCAACACCACAAUUGAUGGAGAAAACGGAACUACCAGAAAAGAAUGUUCUUUUGAAGGAGUUAACUGAACAAAUGACUGAAUGCUACAAUAAACACAAGCGUAUCUGUCCAGGCAGCAGUUAUGACGAAGGUGAAUUAGUUGCUGUGAAAUCACGCUUACUAUGGCAUCGUGGUCGAUUCAUCCAACAUAAGCCAAGUAUUGAAUUUGCACAUAUAUUCUUCGUUGAUUAUGGUUAUACGCGCGCGUUACCAAUUCAGAUGAUUCGACCGAUUAACAAUCGUUUCGUGUUGCAUGCAGAACAAGCUCAUUUAGUCCAUUUGCAUCAACCAGGUGCACGUCGCGGUCGAAUCGAAUGGGAUACAAAUAGUAUCGAUGAAUUUCGGCAGUUAACUAAAGAGGGUACAUAUUUAUACGCUCGAAUUAUUAGUGAACCUAAUACAAUCGAUCUGAUAUCGUAUGAUCCAUUGACGAAAAAAUGGUUUUCAUUCUACGAACAUUUUGUUAAACAUCUCAGUGAUAAUGGUAAAACAGAUGAAUAA